GAGAUAAAAACCCCAUUCCCCCGCAUCCUCCACAGUUGUAGGUUUGGAUUUUGAUCGAAAGUCAGAGAAGAAGGAAAUCUGAAAAUGGGCGUAGGCAUAUCAGUGCUGAUAGCCCUAAAAGCAACAAGUCUAUUGGCAUGCUUCGCGUACAUAAGAAGGCUGGGUUUCACGCUCUUGUCCCUUCCCUUCCUCUACGCUUCCCUCAUCUCCUUCCUCGUCUCGAUCGCUUCUCACCCUUCAAUUAACCUUCCCUUACUCCUCGGGAAAACCAGCGACGGAACCUUCCCCUUUCUCUCGCUCCUAAUCUUCAGCCCUUACAUCUACUUCGUUCGCAUCUUCUCUCUGCUCCGGAGACUCCGAAGUAGGGAGGCUCCUUACUCGGAAGUUCACGAUGGUAUCUAUGUUGGUGCCUGGCCGUCGUCGCCUCGCAUGCUGCCACCUGGCGACCCUGCCAUCGUCGAUUGCACGUGCGAGUUCCCGCGUGUCUCUUCGGGCUUGCCCUACCGCUGCAUUCCCACGUGGGACACCAGGUCGCCUCAGCCCGCUGAUAUUGAAUCCGCUGUUAAGUGGGCCUGUCGCCAGAGAGACCUCAAUAGGCCCAUUUUCGUUCACUGUGCUUAUGGUCAUGGAAGAAGUGUUGCUGUUAUGUGUGCACUGUUAGUAGCACUAGGCAUCACAGAGGAUUGGAAGAAUGCUGAGAAGCUGAUCAAGCAAAAACGGCCUUACAUCCGGAUGAAUGCUCUCCAUCGCAAGGCCCUUGAAGAAUGGUCCAGACACCGAUUGUCUGCACCGAAGAAGUAGAGACACGAGUGUGGGUUCCUCCGGUUUAUACGAUUCUUUCAGUCUUCCAUAGUAUGAUUGUUUCCCAAACAGGGAGUGGCAAAUGAAGAAAAAUCUUAAAUAUAGAUUCUCCUCGUGCGUUUACUUUAUCCAGUGAACCCAAAAUCUAAUAUUUGGUUCCUAAUUGUUCCGUAGUCAGCAUCUUCUGCAUUGAUCAUGUUGAAGAUGAUGCGUGGAAUAGUGGGUUUACAUAUUAUGAGAAGCUGGAACAUCUAUUUAUAGACAUCAUUUCAUUGUAUAACAUGAACAGGGAUUCCUAGUGUAGGCCGCUGGUCAGUUCGACCCCUGCUUUACGUCAAUUGUUGAACUGCCAGCGGCUACUGUGUAUGCUUAAUGUAUUAAAAAAAAAAAAAAGAGACACGAGUUAAGAAAAAUGAUUCAUUAGUUUUACUAAAAAAGUUACGG